AUGUCACAAUUAGAAAAGAUCAUUGAAAAGAAAAAGGAGGAAUUAGAACGUUGUAAAAGAAUGCAUCAAGAAUUGCAAGACAAAUUUGACAGGAUUUCCCUUGAGAAAGGAUCAAUAUUAAAACCCACUGAGGUAACGAAGAAACAUAUCAAGAAACUAAAAGAAUACAAUGAAUUGAGAGAUAUUGGGUUACGUCUAGCUCAGCAGAUCUCCAAUGAGAGAUCCUGCAAAGUUAAAGUUAUAUUUGAUGAAAUGGGGUAUUCCAUGAAGGAUGAAUGUCAGAGUUAG